UCUGACAUGUGUUACAGUUUUGUAACGCUAGGUUGGAUUGUAGGUUGAGAUUCAUUUUCUGCUGUGAAGUUCACACCGAAAACAUCAUCAUGCUUAUUCUAGGAUCAAGAGCAAGAUUUUGCACUUUGGCAUUCACUGCCACACGAAUGUUUGCGACUGGUCCUCAACCAAAUCCAGUCGUUUAUUUUGAUAUCGCUGCAGAUAACCAACCUCUUGGCAGAGUAACCUUCGAGCUGCGCGCUGACGUGGUUCCAAAAACAGCAGAAAACUUCCGUGCACUGUGCACAGGGGAACAGGGAUAUGGUUACAAAGGAUCAAUCUUCCACAGAGUCAUCCCACAGUUUAUGUGCCAGGGAGGAGACUUCACAAAUCACAAUGGAACCGGUGGCAAGUCCAUAUACGGGCGGACAUUCCCAGAUGAGAACUUCAAGCUGAGGCACACUGGUGCUGGGAUCUUGUCCAUGGCUAACGCAGGGCCUCACACAAACGGCUCUCAAUUCUUCAUCUGCACAGGCAAGACAGAGUGGCUGGAUGGCAGGCAUGUUGUGUUUGGCAGUGUGAAGGAGGGCAUCGAGGUGGUGCAGAAGGUGGAGGCCCUCGGCUCUCGCUCCGGGCGCACCGCCAAACGCAUCACCAUCACCGACUGCGGAGAGCUGAAAGACUAGACAGACCCUCCGUCAGCCGCCACGACGACGGACGGGCACCUUCGGAACACCGCAAACCCCUCUACCCAAGCUUCCACCACCUCCUUAAACAAACCUCUUUCUCCUACCCCCCCCCAAACGCCUCCUGUCCGGGUCUGUUUUGGCGCCUCACCAUCGCUGACUGUGGUGAGCUCAAGUGUACUAGACAGACCCCAGUCAGCCACAACGGCGGCACCUAUUCGACCACCGCCCGCUGCCGCCCCUCAAACUUCUCCAAUAACCCCCUACUACCCACCCUUCCAUCCACCACCUCCUCAAACGCCUUUCUCCUCUCCCCAACCUCUUCCCCAAACACCUCCUCUUGGUCUGUUUUGGUGUCUACUACCUCCUUAAUAUCUUCUCCUCCUCCUCCCCACUUCUCUUAUUCUUUUAAGGACUUUGAAUGUCCUUACUCCCCACCUCGAUCCUGCUAACACCUUAUGUGAAGGUCUAUUUUGGUAUCUUCUAGUUUCCAAGACCUUCUCCUCAUGCUGACCACCUCUCUCCUCCGAGGCUCCUCCUCCUCCGACUUUCCGUUCAGUCCUUUAAGAAUUGCCCUCCUCCGAUACUCCUCUUCCCGACCUCCUAACACCUCUUGUCAAGGUCUGUUUAGGUGUCCACCACCUCCACAAGACCUCAUUUUCUCCCCACUAACCACCACCUACCUCUCUCCUCCUUGUCCUCACCUUCUCUGAAUAUCCUUGUCGACCUCCUCCAAAAACCACCUCUCACCUCGUUCCCGUUCUUCCCGACCUCCCACAAACACCUCCUGUUUUUUGGCAC